AUGGCGUCCCCUCAGCCAGAGGCGCCCUCAGCAGACGUCAAGCUGGCGACCGUAGCAGGAAAGAAGGGCAAGAAGGCCGAGGAGGAGGAGCCGCCUGCUGCGCCUGCAGACGCAGACGCAGCACCCUCGGCUGCGGCGGCGGCAGCAGCUCCGGCGGCGGCGGCCGCUACAGCAGCAACUCCGGCGGCGGCGGGGGUGGCAACCGCAGCCGGUGGAGCUGCCGCGCCUCCCGAGGAGGAGGAAGAGGAGGAGUAUGUGGUGGAGAAGGUGCUGGACCGCCGGGUGGUGAAGGGCAGAGUGGAGUUUCUGCUGAAGUGGAAGGGCUUCUCGGAUGAGGACAACACAUGGGAGCCCCAGGACAACCUGGACUGCCCCGACCUCAUCGCAGAGUACAUGCAGAAGCACAAGGAGAAGGAGGAGAAGAAGAAGGAGGGCAAGAGGAAAGUGGUCAACGAGGCCUCGGGAGACUCGGAGGAGCGAGGGAGCAAGAGGAAGAAAGAGGAGGGUGAGAAGGCCAGAGGUUUCGGUCGAGGUCUUCAGCCAGAGAGGAUCAUCGGAGCGACGGACUCCAGUGGAGAGCUGAUGUUCCUCAUGAAGUGGAAGAACUCCGACGAGGCCGACCUGGUCCCGGCCAAGGAGGCCAACGUCAAAUGUCCCCAGGUGGUCAUCUCGUUCUACGAGGAGCGCCUCACCUGGCACUCUUACCCCACGGAGGAGGAGGAGAAGAAAGAGGAAGAUAAAAAGGACUAGAUGGGAGGAGGGGGGCCGGGGGGAA